AAACAGGGUGGGCAAAACAUGGAUGGAGAUAUUUGGCUAAGAAUGGCGGCAGACUAUGGCAGGUUCAGCUUGAAGGCUGUUGAAAGGUGUAGAUUGUUAUAUUGUUAAUUUGGAAAAUGUAAACUGCACCUGGAAUUGCGAUAGUGAUGUAAGCUUCUCUUUCAGUUACUGGACUCCAGAGGGUGUCCCAUCAUCCAGAAAAUAUACUGAGUGCCCAACUUACCAAGUUAAGGAUGGCUGUAGUGUCGGCUGCAUCUUUCCUUUUCAUCAAGGAAAUAGAUUCAAGCACCUGCACACCUCACUGUUUCAUGGGGCCACACAGAAAAAUCAGACACAUGAUAUGCGCAUUGAUGUGAAACUUCACCCACCUCAGAACCUAACCGUGUUGUGGAAUAACACUACUGGAGAUGUGUCUCUAUGGUGGAAUAUCAGUGGACCUGUCAAAGACACUUGUGUUGAGAGUAUGAUUUCCUACCGGAUGGACUCAGGGACAUGGCAGGACUUAAAAGAGCUUUUGCCUGCAAGCACUUCCUACACUUUUGCCAAAGUCUCUCGGACAAAAUCAUACAUGUUUCGAGUCAGAAGUCGAUAUGCCAGUCAUUGUAAACAGUUCAAAUAUUGGAGUGACUGGACUGCAGCUGUUCAGUGGGGACCUGUGGAGCCCAGCAAUUCAGCAGAUAUCUCAGUCAAAAAGGGCCUAUAUGUGGCAUUUGGAGUUGUGGCCCUGGCCAUCAUCCUGAUCAUCAUGGUCCGCGUGCUAUUAGAAUGUGAGAGGAUCAGGGUGAUCUUUGUUCCAGUGGUUCCUGACGCAACCAAAAAUCUCAACGAUCUCUUCUAUGAUUAUGGUGGCAAUGUUGAGGGAUGGGUACAAAUAUCUCCAGAACUGAGGGAUGCCUUUAAAUCGGACUUCAAUGAGACGGCUUGUGUUGUGAGGGAGACCGCAACUCGUUGAAAAACCAGCCUGUAUAAUGCUGCAAUGAGUUUGUUUCCAUUCUAUGUAAUGUGUAAACAUUUAUUCAUAUGUGUGCAUUGGUUUCAUCAAGCAAGGUUUACUCAGAGCUGAAAAUAUACUACACUGAGCCAGAGAGAGUUUGUUACUGAAGACUACAUUAUCCAAUGUGCUUUGUGUGUAUUACUGUUAAUUAUCAUUUUAAAAUCGCAUCCAUCCAUCCUUUUUGGUAUUGAAUAUUACUAUUUGCUGAUUUUUUUUAUUUGCAUCCCUCUGGUUCAGUCAUUUCAUUAAUAUCACCAAACAUUUUAAUCACAUCUCUGUUUAGCUAAAAACACAUUUUGCACAAAACUUUCUACAUUUCUAAAUGUAUUUCACAUUAGCAAUGGAGGAUCCGCCGCUUUUGAAGGUUCGCCGAAAUGCUAAUCUGACCAGAGAGCAACAGCUGACUCAAAAUGUGUCUGAAAUUUGUGAUGGACUGUUCAAGAACACCAUGUUGCUUAACCACAUAAUACCUGGGCCAAUUACAAGGUUUUGCCUGAAAUUGCACAGCGCCUACUUCAGAGGCCAUUAUUCCCAUCUAGUUUGGCCUAUAAGGAAAUGAUUGAACUCUGAAAAGCUGAGACCCUCAGAAUUACUGUGUGAAGUACUAACACAGAGUUAUAUAGAAUAUUUGGUGAGGUAUGCCCAUGCGUUUUGCAAAAUGCCCUAUGGAGACUGACCCCAAAUAUGACCUUUGGUUAUACCCAAAAUGCAUACUGACAAUAAAAGGCUCAUACUGACAUACUCUGUGUAGAAGCAUAAUCUUGGUCUCAAAUGAAAGGUAACACUCUGAAGCUCUAAUGCUCAGUCAAUUUCCACUGAAUAAAUAAUGGUUGAUGAUGAUUUCAGAGUUAUUUAUUGUAUUGGGAUGUUAGAUGUCUCAGUCAUUUUUAUAAAUAUGUGAUGCCAUGCCUUAUCAUUCCAUUUGUGUUUGUAAUUUGUAAAUAGACUGUAAAUAAACGGUUUAAUAAAGCCAACAUUUUGAUA